AUGGCGACCACCGUGGAUAAGAUCAAGGCCGUGGAGGAUGAGAUGUCUAAAACCCAGAAGAACAAGGCAACAUCCUUCCAUUUGGGUCAACUAAAAGCCAAACUUGCGAAGCUUAAGCGAGAACUUCUGACACCAACAUCUAGCGGUGGAGGCGGCGGAGCGGGGUUCGAUGUGGCAAGAACAGGUGUGGCCUCCGUGGGUUUCAUCGGCUUCCCAUCAGUCGGCAAGAGUACUCUCAUGAGCAGACUCACUGGUCAACAUUCCGAGUCUGCCGCAUAUGAGUUUACAACCCUCACGACCGUGCCCGGACAAGUGCUAUACAACGGCGCGAAGAUUCAAAUGCUCGAUCUUCCUGGUAUCAUUCAAGGUGCCAAGGACGGUAAAGGUCGUGGUCGGCAAGUCAUCGCCGUAGCCAAGACUUGUAAUCUCAUCUUCAUCGUGUUGGACGUCAACAAGCCACUAACCGACAAACGUGUCAUCGAGACCGAGUUGGAAGGCUUCGGUAUCAGGAUCAACAAGGAGCCACCCAAUAUCAAAAUCACCAAGAAGGAUAAAGGUGGUAUCUCCAUCACUUCAACCGUCGCACUCUCCCACAUCGACAAUGAUGAGGUCAAGGCUGUCAUGAACGAGUACCGUAUGGCGAACUGUGAUAUCGCCAUACGAUGUGAUGCCACGAUCGACGACCUGAUUGAUGUCAUCGAGGCGAAAGCUCGCUCUUACAUCCCGGUGAUCUACGCCUUGAACAAGAUCGACGCCAUCUCCAUUGAAGAACUGGACCUGCUCUACCGGAUCCCGAACGCCUGUCCCAUCUCCUCAGAACAUGGCUGGAACGUCGACGAACUCAUGGAGCAGGCGUGGGACAAGCUCCAGCUCAAACGCAUCUACACCAAACCCAAGGGCCGGAUGCCAGAUUAUACUGCUCCCGUGGUGCUGAGGACAGGCAGAGAUACGGUGGAGGAUUUCUGUAAUAGUAUUCAUAAGACUAUUAUAGAUGAUUUCCGCAUUGCGGUUGUGUAUGGCAAGUCGGUCAGGCAUCAACCGCAGAGGGUGGGUCUGACGCAUGUCCUUGAGGAUGAGGAUAUUAUCACUAUUGUUAAGAAGUGA